AUGCUGACCUUCCAAAAGCUACAUUCACACCGGUUCUCACUCCAGCAACCACAACAUCACGAACCUCAACGACUAUCUGGCGUCUAUCAAUACCAUAAUGCUCCUGAAGUACUACCCGAACAUGGACUCGAGUACGAUGACAAUACAUAUCCUGUCUCGGACAAGUACCCGGUGACCAGCAUGGACAACUAUCCCUCGAGUUUCAACGCACAACAAUAUCGCGAGAUCAACAAGCCACCGCGGAUCAUCUUUGGGAUGAAGAUGCGGUCUUUUCUGCUAGUAGCACUGGUCUUUGUCUUGAUAGUAGUCGGUGCGGUGGUGGGUGGUACAGUAGGGCGUAAUGCAUCUCAUGCCGCGAAUGCAGAAGCGAUGGCCAUCGCAAAAUCCGCCACCACCACAACAUCUGCAUCGACCACCGUACUAUCAACGCCAACAUUUGUGCCUUUAUCAGCGUGUCCAUCGGCGAACAACACUAUCUUUGUCUCCACCAUCUCCAAUACUUCCUCUCUCGUUGGCUCUGUGGCCAACAGCACCACUACACCUGCAGGAUCGGCAUAUACACGCUACUGCGACACCAAUACACCUUCUGAUUUCAAACCUCUAUCUUCUGGCUUCGUAUACACCUUUGACGACUGCAUAGAAAUGUGUGCGACAUACAGCAUGUAUUCCACCGGUUCUGGAUCUACAACUUGCAAUGUGGCUGUCUAUGAUGUCGAGCAAGCACGACCCGUCAACUGUGUAGUCGGCAGCACACAAAACGCUGCUACAGAUGGUCUAGGCCUUGGUGGAGGCUUAGCUGUUGCUUUACUCAAGCCAUCGACAUGA